CUGCUCGUCGCACGCAGAUUUUCCUUGUUGCCGGGGCUUGUAGUUCUUCCCGGUCGUGUCAGUUUUUUAAGGCAAGGGCGGUAGUUGGAUUCCUGGCCCGAGGAUAUUAGGCGUAGUUUUCCAGUUUUUGGCAAAGCGGAAAUACUUAAGGCCCCUGGGUUUGCUGGGUUCUUUGUUUUAUCUACCGGCUUCUGCUUUACGACAGCAGCCGCCGCCCAUCCCUCUUUGUGUGCUUUGGAAAGCUACGGAGCUGGUGGUGGCUACAGUUGGUGUUGGGGGCUUAGGCGAGAGACGAUACCGGGAAGUUGCAGGCGGGAGGAUUCUUCGUCAUCCAGUCACCUGGCAGGUCACAAACAUGUCAGACAAAAGUGAAUUAAAGGCUGAGUUGGAACGUAAGAAGCAGCGACUGGCCCAAAUCAGAGAGGAAAAGAAGAGAAAAGAAGAAGAAAGGAAAAAAAAAGAAACUGAUCAGAAGAAGGAAGCUGUUGCUCCUGUGCAAGAAGAAUCGGAUCUUGAAAAAAAAAGAAGAGAAGCUGAAGCAUUGCUUCAAAGCAUGGGGCUAACUCCAGAAUCCCCCAUUGUCCCUCCUCCUAUGUCUCCAUCCUCCAAAUCUGUGAGCACUCCAAGUGAAGCUGGAAGCCAAGACUCUGGAGAUGGCGCCGUGGGAUCUAGACGAGGACCUAUUAAACUUGGAAUGGCUAAAAUCACUCAAGUCGACUUUCCUCCUCGAGAAAUUGUCACAUAUACAAAGGAAACUCAGACUCCAGUUAUGGCUCAACCCAAAGAAGAUGAAGAGGAAGAUGAUGAUGUAGUGGCUCCUAAACCACCUAUUGAACCUGAAGAAGAAAAAACUUUAAAGAAAGAUGAGGAAAGUGAUAGUAAAGCUCCCCCUCAUGAGCUGACUGAAGAAGAAAAGCAACAAAUCUUGCACUCUGAGGAAUUUUUAAGUUUCUUUGACCAUUCUACAAGAAUUGUAGAAAGAGCUCUUUCUGAGCAGAUUAACAUCUUCUUUGACUACAGUGGGAGAGAUUUAGAAGACAAAGAAGGAGAGAUUCAAGCAGGUGCUAAACUGUCAUUAAAUCGACAAUUUUUUGACGAACGUUGGUCGAAGCAUCGGGUUGUUAGUUGUUUGGAUUGGUCAUCUCAGUAUCCGGAGUUACUUGUAGCUUCCUAUAAUAACAAUGAAGAUGCCCCUCAUGAGCCUGAUGGUGUGGCCCUUGUAUGGAAUAUGAAAUACAAAAAAACUACCCCAGAGUAUGUGUUUCACUGCCAGUCAGCUGUGAUGUCUGCCACAUUUGCAAAAUUUCAUCCAAAUCUUGUUGUUGGUGGUACAUAUUCAGGCCAAAUUGUGCUUUGGGAUAACCGUAGCAAUAAAAGAACUCCAGUGCAAAGAACUCCACUGUCAGCAGCUGCACACACACACCCUGUAUAUUGUGUGAAUGUUGUUGGAACACAAAAUGCUCACAAUCUGAUUAGCAUCUCUACUGAUGGAAAAAUUUGUUCAUGGAGUCUGGACAUGCUUUCCCAUCCACAGGAUAGCAUGGAGUUGGUUCAUAAACAGUCAAAAGCAGUAGCUGUGACAUCUAUGUCCUUCCCUGUUGGAGAUGUCAACAACUUUGUUGUUGGGAGUGAAGAAGGUUCUGUGUACACAGCAUGCCGCCAUGGCAGCAAAGCUGGAAUCAGUGAGAUGUUUGAAGGGCAUCAAGGACCAAUCACUGGCAUCCAUUGUCAUGCAGCUGUUGGAGCAGUAGACUUCUCACAUCUUUUUGUCACUUCAUCAUUUGACUGGACAGUAAAGCUUUGGACAACUAAGAAUAACAAGCCUUUGUAUUCAUUUGAAGAUAAUGCAGACUAUGUUUAUGAUGUUAUGUGGUCACCUACCCACCCAGCCCUGUUUGCCUGUGUGGAUGGCAUGGGGAGAUUGGAUUUGUGGAAUCUCAAUAAUGACACAGAGGUACCAACUGCCAGCAUUUCUGUGGAGGGUAAUCCUGCUCUUAAUCGUGUGAGAUGGACCCAUUCUGGCAGAGAGAUUGCUGUGGGUGAUUCAGAAGGACAGAUUGUUAUUUACGAUGUGGGAGAGCAGAUUGCUGUUCCCCGCAAUGAUGAAUGGGCACGGUUUGGCCGAACACUUGCAGAAAUAAAUGCAAACCGAGCUGAUGCAGAGGAGGAAGCAGCUACCCGAAUACCUGCUUAGUUCCUGAAAAGGGGAGUGUAACUAGUGGAUUUGGGAAAGGUUCUUAAGUAGAUCUCGAGACUAUUUGCAUGCUUCUAUCUAAAUGAUAAUUAUAAGGAAAUUUCAUGGAUUAAACCAUGGGUUUAAUGCAGUAAGGAAACUUACAAUGUCCUUUUAUAUAUAACAUGCAUCUCGUUUUGGAUUUGUGUCAUUUUUUAAUAUAGCUGAUUGACUUCACAGAAAGCAGCUUUUUUGAAUUCUAAUACACGGGUGUAUAUUUGGUAUUAGUUAUUUUGAAUUCUUUUCAACUUAUAACACUGUAUACAGUUAUUUCUAAAGCACAGAUGAAAUAAGUUCUGCAUAUUUUUAAAUGAUCACAGUUCCCUGUUAUACAGAUAAUGUUCUCACUACCCAUAAUAUAUAGGAACAUUGUUUCUCCUUGGCCGUAGUAUGCAUACACCUAUCCAUGUUCCAUUCUGACAUCCUUUGUUGUCUUUAUAAUUCAUGUGGUAGUUAACUAUAAAUAAAAACAAAUAUGCGUUAACUUUUCAAAUUUUCAUUUUUACUCCUUACAACUUGAAUUUUUCCAUCUUUUAUAAAAUAUAUUUUUUCCAUAUCUUUCUUUAAGCUCCUGCUGUAAGCAGCCAUCUCAAAGCUGUGUGCUCUAAAUAUACCAUGUGGUAUAUACUAUAGAUCUCCCAGUGCAUUGUGAAUUGAUGUCUAGAUAAUCUGUUGGUGAAAAAAUUUCCCCUAGGUUAACUUUUGCUUUACUACUUUAUAUUCUUUCCAUCUAAGACAUAUUUCCUUUAAAGGAUAAAUAGAAAGCUGCCUAUAAUUUUCACUGAUGAAGAACUAUGUAUGUGACCUCACUGAGAGUAAAACCUUUGAGAGAAAUUGAUUUCAUAAUUUCAGUAGCCAUAAAGGCAAAGUGCUCAGAUGGACCAUACUUUGGCAUUAAAAUCUACAUCUUGAGAUCUGUUGCCACAGCAUUGUCUACAAGUCAGAAAGGUAGGUGACAAAUAUCUAAGAAUUAGUAUUGAAAUCAGUGAAUUUCAGGAAUAGAGGAAAGGACUAUGAUCAGAUCUUGAUUUUAUCUACUUUAAAUUGUCUAUUUACUUGAUCCCAACCUUUUGUACUUCUGAAGUGUAACUGUCUUUUAUUCAACAGAACAUGAACUAGGAAGAAAGAUUAGAAAUCAGAAUUUGAACAUUUUUCUUUUAAUAAUUGUAACAAAGAUUUGUUGGGAGAGAAAUUUCCAAAUAAUGAGUAGUGUAUAGUGUAAGGAACAAUUGACCUGGAAUUAUUGGCCCCAAACUCUCCCUCUUGCUGAAGCACCUAUGAGAAGUGUGAUUUUAGCCAAGUCUGUGCCUCAUUCUUUAUAUGUGGGAAUUAAGUUUUGAUUUAAUGAUUUCUGAAUUUUCUCUCAGCUCUACUCAGUUAUGGGGUAUCCAUAUAUGAAACUGAAUAUAGAAAAGUAGGCAAUUCUUUGCUUUUCUAUAUUCAGUUUCAUAAAUGGAUACCCCAUAAUUGCCCAUUAUAUACCAAAGACAACAUCUCAAGUUAUCUCAUUGUAGCAGUGUCUGUGAGUCAAAUCUUCAAUUUUAGCAGAGUCACACUGUCUUUAUAUAGAAAUAUUCAUGUAACUCACUACUCAUGUAGUUACUGUAUCUUUACCUUCAGUUUGUAAAAAUGACUAAAAGUAGGGAAAACAAGUGUUAAAAUAUAAUGGAUAAGAAAAGGUUGGAAAUCAUAUGUCAAAUCAGAUGUUCCUCAAACUCCAGGUGUUGUGUUUAGUUGUGAAAAAAAGAAUAAAAUUGUUUAAAUGUU